CCGUCACGUGCGGCCGCCGGGCCUCCAAGCCUCGCUGCGCGCUGGCGGGGCCGGGGGCGGGGCCCGGGAGCUGCUGCGCCUGCGUUGUGGGCGUUCUCGGGGAGCAGCUGCCGUCGCCGCCGCUACCACCGCGUUCGGGUGUAGAAUUUGGAAUCCCUGCGCCUCGUUAACAAUGAAGCAGAGUUCGAAUGUGCCGGCUUUUCUCAGCAAGCUGUGGACGCUGGUGGAGGAAACCCACACCAACGAGUUCAUCACCUGGAGCCAGAAUGGCCAAAGUUUUCUGGUUUUGGAUGAACAAAGAUUUGCAAAAGAAAUUCUUCCCAAAUACUUCAAACACAAUAACAUGGCAAGCUUUGUGAGGCAGUUAAAUAUGUAUGGUUUCCGUAAAGUAGUACAUAUUGACUCUGGGAUUGUAAAGCAGGAACGGGAUGGUCCUGUCGAAUUUCAGCAUCCUUAUUUCAAGCAAGGCCAGGAUGACCUGUUGGAGAACAUUAAAAGGAAGGUUUCAUCUUCAAAACCAGAAGAAAAUAAAAUUCGUCAGGAAGAUUUGACAAAAAUUAUAAGUAGUGCACAGAAGGUUCAAAUUAAACAAGAAACUAUUGAGUCCAGGCUUUCUGAAUUAAAAAGUGAAAAUGAGUCACUCUGGAAAGAGGUGUCAGAAUUGCGAGCAAAACAUGCACAACAACAACAAGUUAUUCGAAAAAUUGUCCAGUUUAUUGUUACAUUAGUUCAGAAUAACCAACUUGUAAGUUUGAAACGUAAAAGGCCUUUACUUCUAAACACUAAUGGUGCCCAAAAGAAGAAUCUCUUUCAACACAUAGUAAAAGAACCAGCUGAUAAUCACCAUCAUAAAGUUCCACACAGUAGGACUGAAGGUUUAAAGCCAAGGGAACGAAUUUCAGAUGACAUCAUUAUUUAUGAUGUCACUGAUGAUAAUGCAGAUGAAGAAACUAUCCCAGUUAUUCCAGAAACUAACGAAGAUGUUAUAUCUGAUCCCUCCAACUGUAGCCAGUAUCCUGAUAUUGUCAUUGUUGAAGAUGACAAUGAAGAUGAGUAUGCACCUGUCAUUCAGAGUGGAGAUCAGAAUGAAGUAGCCAGAGAAUUACUAAGUUCAGGCAGUGAUGGCACCAGCCCUCUCAUGUCUAGUGCUGUCCAGCUAAAUGGCUCAUCUAGUCUGACCACAGAAGAUCCUGUGACCAUGAUGGAUUCCAUUUUAAAUGAUAACAUCAAUCUUUUGGGAAAGGUUGAACUGUUGGAUUAUCUUGACAGUAUUGAUUGCAGUUUAGAGGACUUCCAAGCCAUGCUGUCAGGAAGACAGUUUAGCAUAGACCCAGACCUCCUGGUUGAUCUUUUCACUAGUUCUGUGCAGAUGAAUCCCACAGAUUACAUCAAUAAUACAAAAUCCGAGAAUAAAGGAUUAGAAACAACCAAGAACAAUGUAGUUCAGCCAGUUUCAGAAGAGGGAAGAAAAUCUAAACCCAAAGCAGACAAGCAGCUUAUCCAGUACACUGCUUUUCCACUUCUUGCAUUCCUGGAUGGGAACCCUGCUUCUACUGUUGAACAGGGAAGUACAGCAUCUUCAGAAGUUAUGUCCACUGUAGAUAAACCCAUAGAAGUUGAUGAGCUUCUGGAUAGCAGCCUGGAUCCAGAACCAACACAAAGUAAGCUUGUACGCCUGGAGCCAUUGACUGAAGCUGAAGCUAGUGAAGCCACACUGUUUUAUUUAUGUGAACUUGCUCCUGCACCUCUGGAUAGUGACAUGCCACUUUUAGAUAGCUAAAUCCCUAGAAAGUGGACAAUGUAUGUAUAUAUUCAUCAAAAUGAUGAACUAUUUAUUUUAAAGUAUCAUUUGGUACUUUUUUUUUUUUUUUUUGUAAAUUGCUUUGUUUUUGUCUAACCAGAUACUGUGGAAUAGAAAGCACCUUUUGCUUUUCUCACUAACCACACACUCAUGCAAAGCUUUCAGAUGUUACUCAGCUAUUUAGGUACACAAGAUUUAAUGCACAUUAUUGGCAUAUCUUUUAAUUUGGAUUCAAAUGGCAAUUUCCCUUCAAUUAUAGUAAAUUGAAUUACUUUUUUACAUAUAUGCCUAUUAACCCCAGUUAAACUUUUGUUGUCUUGUUUGAUGCUGUCUGUUCCCACUGAGUGUACGUCACUAGAAUUAAUGGUAGAAUUCCUAAAACUUUGUCUGUUCCAGUUACUUUCAUUAAGUAUUUUUCACUUGGCAUACUUUUAAAACUGGGAACAUAAAGUGCCUGUAUCUUGUAAAACUUUCUUUGUCUUUCUUGGUUCAAGAAGUUCAUUCAUAUUCAGCAGGAAAGGCAAAGUGUACAUGAGUGCUUGCUGUCUUACAUGGUUCUAGCUCUAUAUAUGUAGAUGAAGGGGAUGGGAUGGCAUCAACCCUGUCUACUUCACUGGACUAGUUCUAAGUAAAACUUUUCUGGGUUUUUUUUUGAACCAUACUAUUUAGUAAAAUAAAUAUAAUGAAUGUUGUGUA